UAUAUCAAGCAUUCAUUGCUGUCAGAUGUAUCAAUAAAAAUGAGAUUUGUGAUCUUAUUGUCUCUUGUGUUGGCAACUGCUUUUGCUGCAGAGGAAACAUGUGUAGGAAGAUGUCAGAGAUUUGAUCCUUCAAAGAAAUGCCAGUGUGAUACAAUGUGCAAGUAUUAUGGAAGCUGCUGCCAAGAUUUUGACAGCGCCUGUCGCAAGAAAAUAACCCGCGGUGACACGUUUGAGGAUCCCGAUGACUAUUUGACAUCUCCAGUAACACUGACUACUGAAUCGACCAGCACCAGCAACAGGACCGUUCUGCCACUCACCACCACAGAACCGACACCCACAACACCGGCUGACCCAGAUGCCCACACCUGCAGCGGCCGGACCUUUGAUGCUUUCAUGCAGUUAAAGAAUGGUUCUACCUUUGCGUUUAGAGGGGAUUAUUUCUUUGAGCUAGAUGAUAAAUCUGUAAUGCCUGGCUACCCCAAACUCAUUAAAGACAUGUGGGGUAUUCCCGGUCCCAUUGAUGCUGCAUUCACUCGCAUCAACUGCCACGGAAAGACUUACAUUUUCAAGGGCAACAAGUAUUGGCGUUUUGAUAGUGAUGUCAUGGAUGAGGAUUACCCGAGAGACAUUUCUGUGGGAUUUGAAAAUAUUCCAGAUGAUAUUGAUGCUGCGUUUGCAAUCCCUGCCCCGGGGCAUCAUGGGAAGGAAACGGUUUAUUUCUUCAAAGGGGACCAGUACUACCAGUAUGAGUUCAAACACCAGCCAUCCCAUGAAGAAUGUGCCCAAAUUACCAAGUCUUCACCUUCAGUGGCAUUCACACGUUACACAAACCUGUACUGUGUGGAUAGUCUUUUCUCCAUGCUCUUUCAGGGCCUUCAUGGGCAUCACAAAGGGCCACGCUUCAUCUCCAAAGACUGGGUUGGCAUCAAACCACCCGUGGAUGCCGCAAUGGUGGGUAGAUUGUACUUAAGCCCCGGGCCUUCAUCUUCCCCAUCGACCGGCCAUGGCAGAGACCGAACCAGCCGGAGAAAGAAGGGCAGGGGUCGAGGAUCCAGAGUUAGUCGCUCACUGUUCUGGGAAGACUUUGGAUUGGACUAUGAGGAAAGGUAUUUUGGUGCAGAAAGCCGUGGAAAAAAUAAGAAAAAGGGUCGUGGAAAACGUCCGUCCUUCUUUGACAUGAGCUACGACUCAGAGGACUACUUGGAUUUGGAGGUUGUCCAAGAGAAAGCCACGCCUGUGCAGAAUGUUUACUUCUUUAAAAAAGAUAAAUAUUACAGAGUGGACCUGCAGACCAAGCGGUUUGACUCUGUUAACCCUCCUUACCCAAGAUCCAUUGCCAAAUAUUGGCUAGGAUGUAAAGAGAAGGACUUGUCAGAGAAGAGAUAA